CUUAGGUAAGCCGAGCAGGUCUCACCGUGCUACAAGCGAAUGUAGGCCAUCUCUGGCGGGGUCGGUCCUAACGCGGGAGAUCGAGAAACAGAGAGAGAGAGAGAGAGAGCGCGCGACAGAGAGAGAGAGAGAGAGAGAUCAGCUACACUACAUUAGCAGACGCCGACCGGUGACGCGAUGGCGGAGACGGAGACCAGCGGCUUCGUCGGCAGACUGCACUGGUCCGACAUUCUCGUCAUUGUUCUCUACUUCCUAUUCGUCAUCGUCGUCGGACUAUGGGCGGCGAAAAAGAGCAAGCGGGACAGCUUGGGCGGCUACUUCCUGGCAAGUCGCAGCAUGCACUUCACCUUGGUGGGUGCGUCGCUGUUCGCCAGUAACAUUGGCAGCGGACAUUUCAUCGGAUUAGCCGGAUCCGGAGCAGCUAACGGCAUAGGAGUCGCCGUGUUCGAACUGAAUGCCAUCUUCGUGCUGAUGAUGCUGGGAUGGUUAUUCAUUCCCGUCUACAUAGCGGCUGGCGUCUUCACGAUGCCGGAGUAUCUCAGGAAGCGAUUCGGAGGUCAGAGGAUCAGAGUCUAUCUGUCCGUACUAGCGCUGUUGCUCUACGUCUUUACGAAAAUAUCGGCGGACCUGUACGCCGGCGCUAUCUUCAUAGAACAGUCGUUGCACUGGAACCUGUACGCUUCGACCGCCAUCUUGUUGUUAAUCGCCGCUCUGUUCACCAUCACAGGUGGACUUACGGCUGUAAUAUGGACGGACACCCUGCAAACAAUCAUCAUGAUCGUCGGAGCCUUUGCGUUGAUGAUUCUAGCCUUCGUCGAGGUCGGCGGCUACGAAAACGCCAUCAGUCUUUACUUCAACUCUAUCGCCAACUCGACCGUCUACAGUGGAUCCACAUGCGGCAUGCCGCCGGCUAACUCCAUGCACAUGAUCCGCUCGGCCACCGACGGCGAUUACCCGUGGCCGGGCAUGUUUUUCGGCCUGACGAUCAGUUCUGUGUGGUAUUGGUGCUCCGAUCAGGUGAUAGUCCAGCGGGUUCUGGCGGCUAAGAAUCUGUCGCACGCCAAGGCGGGCUGCAUUUUCGCCGGCUACCUGAAGAUCCUGCCUCUGUUCCUGCUCGUUUUCCCGGGCAUGAUUGCUAGAAUCAUAUUUCCAGACGAUGUUGGAUGCUCUGACCCGGACUACUGUGAAGAGUUGUGUGGUUCACGGUCCAGCUGUUCUAACAUUGCCUAUCCACGACUCGUUCUCCAUCUGAUGCCAAACGCGGCUCGCGGACUUAUGAUGGCAGUGAUGAUGUCAGCGUUGAUGAGUUCACUGACAUCAAUCUUCAACAGCAGCAGCACCAUCUUCACGGUCGACGUAUGGACGCGCAUGCGCAAAAACGCCUCUGAAAUGGAGCAGUUGAUUGUCGGCAGGUUGUUUGUCAUCGUUCUCGUCGUCGUCGGAAUCUUAUGGAUUCCGGUCAUCCAGGCAUCAAAGGGAAGUCAGCUGUUUGUCUACAUACAGAGCAUCACCAGCUACCUAGCACCGCCCGUAUGCGCCGUCUAUGUGCUCGCUAUAUUCUGGAAGAGAACCAACGAACCGGGGGCCUUCUGGGGACUAAUGGCAGGCCUCGUGGUUGGGCUUAUCCGCUUCGCGUGGGAAUUCUCCUACACGUCCCCUGACUGUGGCGCGCCCGACCUACGACCGGCGAUCAUCACCAAGAUGCACUAUCUACACUUCGGAAUCUUGCUAUUCGGUAUCUCAGUGAUAGUGACUGUCAUCGUGAGUCUACUUACGAAGCCAAUACCAGAAGAACACUUGUAUCGGCUGACGUUCUGGAGUCGCAAGAGCGAGAAGGAAAGGAUCGACAUCUCAGAGGCGGAGGACGCUAACGAGCUGGAGUUAAAGGACACCUAUAACUCGACAGAUCGAACCAAUGGAAGCCAUACGCCCGUCGUGCGUCAGCCAUCUUAUAAGCGGCUGCCGUGGUGGAAGAAGCUCAUCAACUUCGUCUGCGGCAUUAAGACGGACGAGGAGCGAGCGCUGGAGCCCGUGCUCACGCAGGCGCAGAUAGCCGAGCAGGAGAAGCAGGGCAACAGCAUCUACGAGGAGCGCAAAGCUCGUCUAGCCAACAACAUCAACGCCGUCAUACUGAUGGCCGCCGCGGUCUUCCUCUGGGGCUUCUACGCCUAACCGCUCUACUAUCAGAUGCUUCCCCUCAAUGACGACCUUACCCCUUUCUUUGCGUAUAUGGCUAUAUAUGUGGGUGUGACCAGUAGAACGGCUUUUAUUUACCUAUGUGUGAUGUAUAAGGGGGUAAGGUCGCCCCCACAGGGGGCAGCAUAAGAUGGUCACGCUACACCGUCCCGGAGUUUUGCUUCUAUCGUGAGUUGUUUUGCGAUGAUUGUUCGACAUUAUAUCGUAACGUUUUGACUUCCAUGCGAGACACGAAUCUCGGUCGAAAGCGGUUGCUCUGCGCAUGCGUGUGGCCGAAAUCUGCAUUCAGUGUCACAGCUGCCGCAGAUUCUUUUUUCAGGCAGGAAAUGUUUUAUUUAGAUGAUAUAUAUAUAUAUAUGUGUGUGUGUGUGCGUGCGUUUGCUUUUUAAUUAUGUGCAAAUGCGGCUCAAAUUGCCUAGGUUCAACUUUUAGAGCCGUACUUUACAAGGCUCUGAUGAGUAGACUUAAGUGCAAAAUUAUUAAAAUAAUAUAUUUUUUAUAUAUUACCUUCGAUGAAAUUCUAGUAUAAUUAGCAAAAGCUCACUAUUCUAAAUAUAAUAAUUGCACUAAUGCACUGUUGCCAAUGAUUGUUGCAAAAUAGAAGAGAAAGAUAAUAAAUUUAUAUUCUAUAUUAGCACAGUCUCAAUUUCAGUAUUUUUAAAGUACGUAUGAAAACGGCAUAUCAAUUCAUAGAUCUACCCUAUUUUGAUGGUGUGCUCGUUUUGUGAUAAUAUAAUGGCAUUAGUAUAUUAUAUUCUUGUUAUAACAGUAUACAUGCCCAAGAGCGUAUCGUUAUUGUGAUUGUCAUACCGUAUCGCCACCAUUUAUUCGUUUACUGUUCAUGGAACUAUUUACCGAGCAUGGCCGCCUGAAUUGUAUGCAAAUCCUUGAACGUGUUUUUAAUUUUAAAUGUAUUUGGCAUCCAUAACAAACACCGAGCGAUGCGGUGGUCACACUGUUGAUUUUGGCAUUCGGCGUUAUGGCGCUCAUGAGAAAAUAAAUGUUUGAUGUGUCCAUAGAUAUACACAACGCAUGUGUUGUGUAUAUCUAUGAUGUGUCUCGGUCGCUCACUCUCGUUCCCGCUCACUAGCCAGUCACGGCUGCUUUCGGGUUAUCACGUUAUCGUACCUUUAUAACGAUGUUGUUUAUGUAGUGGUAGCGUCUCUAAGAAACCUUUCUCGCGUAGCGGUUGUGUAAUCAACACGCCGUCAACGGGAAGAAAAGGCGGAAUUUUGAUCAUCGUUUGUCAGUAUUAUCGUGUAAACUAAUUCGUUGUGAAGCUUUAACGGUCACCGCGUGACGUCACAAUGCUGCCUGUGACGUGUGCGCCAGGAAAUAGAAUAAACGACAAUGUACUUGUACACAAAGAAAACGA